AUGAUGAAGCCAUCAAUUCCUACACCCUCACAUCUUAAACCUUACCACCUUUGCCUUCUUGACCAAUUCUUUGGUUUAACCUAUGUGCCGCAAGUUCUCUUCUACCAAAAUAACAAUCCUUCUAAACACGAUGAAAGUCAAACAAACAACGGUAAAUCAUUAGUUGAGAACGACGAAAUCAUUAUGAUUAUCACUCGUCUUAAAGAGUCCCUCUCCAAGACACUCUCUGUAUUUUAUCCUCUUGUUGGCAGGCUCACUGCGGAUGAGUCCGCCAUCGAUUGCAGUGAUGAAGGGAUCGCCUUUAUUCAAGCUCGAACCAACAUUACUCUAGGAGAAUUUCUUAAAUCUCCUAAUCGUGUUGAUGAACUUCCUCAAUUUAUCCCCGGGAUUAGUACUAGAAUUGUAUCAGCUUUGGAGGUAGUACCACUAGCUAUUCAAGUAACUGUUUUUGGAUGCGGCGGUUUGGCCGUCGGAUCGCAAUAUCUUCACAAAAUAUUUGAUGGGGCUUCUUGGGGGAAUUUCCUGAACACCUGGGCUGCUGUUGCUAAUCAAGGGGUAGAUCAAAAGAUUGUUAAGCCGGAUUUUGCUACCGCCAUAUCUCUCUUUCCUCCGUGUAGCUGGGCUUCUAAGAGGAGUUCGAAGAUCUUAACGACUCGAGCAUUAUUAGAUGGAGGUAAUCACGAGGAUGAGGAUGAUCAAACUUGUGUUGUGAAAGCUUUUGUGUUUAUUCCCGAAGCCAUUGCUAAGUUGCAGGCUAUGGCAAAGAGUGAGCUUGUAAACAAUCCAACUCGAAUCGAAGCGCUUUCGGCCUUUAUUUGGAAGCAUGCCAUGGCUGCUGCUGCUGCCGUUGCCGCCUCCUCCUGCAAAUCCAACGUUAAUGUGAUCGGUCCUUCGGUGUUGAUUCAUUCAGUGAACAUACGUCCUCGAACCAAUCCACCAAUACCCUCAACGGCAAUUGGAAAUUUGAUAAUUCAUGCAUAUGCAUCCUACAAAGAGCUCGAGGAGAAUCAGCCUAUAUCAGAUAUGGAUCUGAAGGAUCUGGUUGCUGAAACUCGAAAGGGGUUAUCAGAAGCAAAGGAUGCCGAGUUCUUAAGCAAGUUUAAAGGCGAGAACGGGGCCGAAGCCAUGCGCCAGUACAAGCAGAAGGUAGCAGAUAUUAGCAAAGAUAAAAAUAUAAACACAUACAAGUUCACUAGCUGGAGUAAACUCGAUGUGUUACCAAACUUUGGAUUCAUUGGGAUGCCUGUUUGGAUUGGAUUUACUGGUGGUAAAUUAAGCUCAUUGUUUAAAAAUCUCGUUACCAUGAUAGAGAUUCCGGCUUCUGGUGGGAUUGAAGUUUGGUUGAUAUUAGACGAGAAAGAGAUGUCCGUCUUACGAACUAGUGAGGAUUUCCUUGUAUUUGCUUCUCUUACUUCUUGACCUUAUUUUUUUUUUUUUGAACGGACUUCUUGACCUUGUUUCAAAACUAAGGGUCCCAACGAAUUUGCUUUUAUGUAUUUGGGUGUAUUAAGUGCUUAUAAUUUGAAUAAAAAAUAAAACUUUCAGUUAUAACAUUAAUUACUUACCAUAUGCCUUCUUUUUUUUUUGUUACAUUAAUUACUUACCAUAAUUCCCUUUCUUUUUGUUACAUUUUACUCGAACGUGUGUAUAUAUAUUUCUUUUCUACUCCCUCCGUUUUUUUUA